AUGGCUCCAGUUCCGGAUCCGCGUCGCGAUGGUGGUGGUGCGAAGAAGCGAGAUGAAGCUAAGACGAAGGUUAAGACUCCCAAGAAGAAGGAGGAAGAUCUCUCUGAAGAAGACUUGGAACUAAAGCAGAAUCUUGAGCUCUAUGUUGAGAGGAUUCAAGACCCCAAUCCUGAGUUGCAAAAGGCCGCUCUUAAAAGCCUCGGGCAGGAGAUCCGUGCCUCAACAAGCUCCAUGACGUCAGUUCCUAAACCCCUCAAGUUUCUCCGUCCUCAUUAUGGAACUCUUAAGGAUUGUCAUCACAAAAUGGCUGACGAGUCUGUUCUCAAGAAAUAUUUGGCUGAUAUACUCUCUGUCCUCGCACUCACCAUGUCUGCUGAGGGUGAAAGGGAAAGCUUACGAUAUAGGUUGAUUGGAUCACGAAGUUUCAUUGGAUCAUGGGGUCACGAGUAUGUCAGGAAUUUGUCCGGAGAGGUUGCAGUAGAGUAUACGAUACGUCAGGUUGAGGAGUCCUCUAUAAUGGACUUAAUGGAUCUUGUGCGUCAAAUAGUUGCUUUUCUCAUGAAGCAUAAUGCAGAAACCGAAGCUGUUGACCUCCUAAUGGAAGUUGAGGAUCUUGAUCUCUUACUUGACCAUGUAGGCCGCACGAAUUUCAGGAGGACGUGCAACUACCUCACUAGUGCAGCAAAGUAUCGUCCAUGGCCCGAUGACAUGGUGGCUUUAGAUCUUGCUUACACGCUCUACAUGAAGUUUAAAGAAUAUCCGAACGCUCUGCAAAUUGCACUAUUGCUUGACAACAUGCAGUAUGUGAAGCAAGUGUUUACCUCAUGCACUGAUCUGCUAAAAAAGAAACAGUUCUGCUACAUGAUUUCACGUCAUGGCAUCACCUUUAACCUUGACCCUGAGAUGGUUGCAGAUGAGGUUGACAGUUAUACGUUACGGGACAUUGCUAACAACACUAACUUGAGUGAAGGAUAUCUGGCGCUUGCAAAGGAUAUUGAGGUUAUGGAGGCCAAGACGCCUGAAGACAUCUACAAGGCUCACUUGCUCAGGGUUAGAUCUUGGCCAGUUGUGGAGUCUGCUAGAAAAAACCUGGCUGAUACUUUUGUGAAUGCAUUUGUAAAUGCUGGUUUCGGCCAGGACAAAUUAAUGACCAGUGGACCUGCUGGAAGCUGGGUCUUAAAAAAUAAAGACCAUGGCAAGACCAGUGCAGCUGCUAGUCUGGGUAUGAUUUUGUUGUGGGAUGUGGACGCCGGAUUUAGUGAACUCGACAUAUAUUGCGAUAGCAAUGAUAAACUUGUGAGUGCUGGAGGUCUGCUGGGUGUUGGGAUUGUUCAUUCUGGCAUUAAGACUACUUGUGAUGUUGCAUUGGCCCUUUUUGAAGAAUAUAUUGAUAAGGAGGAUUCAUCUGUCCGAAUUGGUGCUAUUAUGGGUAUGGGGAUUGCUUACGCGGGUUCCAAAAAUGAUCAGAUAAAAAACAGCUUGUCUCCAAUACUGAAUGAUAAAAAAACACCUCUCGAUGUGGCUGCAUUUGCUGCACUUAGUUUGGGGAUGGUUUAUGUUGGUUCGUGUAAUGACGAGGUCGCACAAUCUAUUAUGUUUGCUUUGAUGGAUCGGAAUUCGGCAGAACUGGGUGAAGCCCUCGCUCGUUUCUUGCCUCUUGGUCUUGGACUUUUGUACCUUGGCAAACAGCAGGAAAGUGUAGAGGCUACCGCGGAGAUUUCAAAGAACUUAUGUGAGAAAAUCAGAAAGUAUUGUGAAAUGACACUUCUUUCCUGUGCCUAUGCUGGCAGUGGGGAUGUCCUCAAGGUCCAAGAGCUUCUGGCUCAAUGUGGAGAGCAUCUGGAGGAAGGCAAUAUCCACCAGGGUCCAGCUGUGCUUGGAUUAGCGAUGGUUGCUAUGUCUGAAGAACUGGGUCGUGAUAUGGCGAUCCGUUCUCUGGAGCACGUGCUUCAGUAUGGAGAACAAAACAUUCGGCGUGCAGUGCCGUUGGCCCUUGGUCUCCUAUCUACAUCAAACCCAAAGAUGAAUGUUAUGGACACGUUGAGCCGCCUUAGCCAUGACACAGAUUCAGAAGUUGCCAUGGCAGCAAUUAUCUCCCUUGGUUUGAUCGGUGCUGGAACCAACAAUGCUAGGAUUGCUGGCAUGCUUAGAAACCUCUCCAGCUUUUAUGACAAGGAUGCCAGCCUUCUCUUUUGUGUGCGUAUUGCUCAAGGACUGGUGCAUAUGGGAAAGGGUCUCUUAACUAUCAAUCCCUUUCACUCCGACCGGAUCUUGCUAUCCCCAACCGCACUUGCUGGUAUAGUGACAUUGUUGCAUGCAUGCCUUGACAUCAAAUCCAUCAUACUUGGGAAAUACCAUUAUGUGCUCUACUUCCUCGUUUUGGCGAUGCAGCCAAGGAUGAUGAUGACAGUGGACGAGAACCUGAAGCUCAUCUCGGUGCCAGUGAGGGUAGGACAAGCGGUUGACGUGGUUGGACAGGCAGGUCGACCCAAGACAAUCACUGGGUUCCAAACAUAUGAAACGCCUAUUCUACUUGCUGCUGGGGAGAGAGCAGAACUCGCAACCGACAAGUACAUUCCAUUGUCUCCCAUACUAGAAGGUUUCGUCAUAUUGAAAGAAAAUCCAAACUACAGAGAGGAAUGA